AUGGGCCAGGGCAGGUUCCCAGCCUACCUGGGGCUGGCCUGCUGCCUGCUGCUGCUGGGGGGCUCGGGAAGCCUGGGGAGCCGAGGGAUGAAGACGACGCGGGGGCCCUGGGAAGAGGAGCAGGGCCCGGUGGUGGAAGGGGGACCGUGGGGCAGGGCGAAGUACGAAGCCGUGAAGAAGCACUUGGGAGCUGUGGGUGCUCUCUCCAAGCAGUAUUGGCAGUACCUGGCGUGCAAGGUGUGGCAGGAGGGCUGCGAAGAGGGAGAGCAGGCAGAGGAGGAAAAAGAAUCCAGUCCCAGGCCCGGCUGGAGCUUGCCUCUGGUGGGCCAGGAUUACCUGGAGAUCCUCUCUGGCUGGUACUGCAGCUUCGGCAAGUGCUGCGAGACAGGAGACUGCAGGAUAGUCAACAAUAUCACAGGGCUAGAAGCAGACCUCAAUGGGCAGCUCCACGGGCAGCACUUGGCCAAAGAAGUCGUCGUCCGGGCGGUGCAAGGGUUCCUGCAGAGCCCGCAGCCAGAGAAGGCUCUGGUCCUCUCCUUCCACGGCUGGUCCGGCACAGGCAAGAACUUUGUGGCUCGGAUGGUGGCCAGUCACCUGUACCGGGAUGGGUUGAAGAGCGAGUGUGUCAGGGUGUUCAUCUCGCUCUUCCACUUCCCCCAUCACAAGUACGUGGAGUCGUACAAGGCUCAGCUGAAGAAGCAGAUAAGCGAGACUGUGCAGCUCUGCAAGCAGUCCCUGUUCAUCUUCGAUGAGGCAGAGAAACUUCAUUUCAGCCUCCUGGACGCCAUCAAGCCCUUCAUGGCUCACUAUGACAACAAGGGCCAGGUGGAUUACCGGAGAUCCAUCUUCCUCUUCCUCAGCAAUCUUGGCGGUAACACCAUCAAUGAGGUAGCCCUGGACUUCUGGCGGGCCGGCCGGGCACGGGAGGAGAUCUCCAUGGAGUUCCUGGAGCAGCGGCUGCGGCUGGAGCUGCAGGAGCCUGCAGAGAACGGUUAUGCCCGCAGCCACCUCCUCCAAGAGAACCUCAUUGAUUUCUUCGUGCCAUUCCUGCCCCUGGAGUACCACCACGUGAAGCUCUGCGCGCGGGACGCUUUCCUGGCCCGUGGACUUCCGUACGCCGAGGCAGCCCUCGACGAGGUGGCCAGCAUGAUGGUGUUUGUCCCCAAAGAGGAGAAGCUUUUCUCUGCACAGGGCUGCAAAUCUGUAUCCCAGCGCAUCAAUUACUUCCUUCCUUGAACACCAGGUGGGACUACACCAGUGGUGAAGGUGGGUUCUGCACACUAGGAGCUGCUCUCCUUGCACAAGGUCAGGGGAGCAGAUUACCCAGCCAUGCACUUGCACAGGGACAGAGACUUAACCCCUUGUUACUCCGAGGGCUGUUUGCAGGGAAGGAGGCGCACCCUGCCCAGCCUUACUCCUGGGACACGAGGACAGCCUGCGCUUGGCUGCGUUUGAAGUCUGUCCGGUGUGUUUCAAGUCCCUUCUUUUAGCAGGUAGUAGCCUGAAGUUGUGAUUUAGUUGUGCUGACGGUGCUUUGUUUGACGUGAGCGGGGGAUGUCCAAGUCCUUGGUUUGUUACCAUGUAAUGAAAAGGCAGGCCUUGGACAGACUGGUCCUGUUGAGACAGUCCAGCAGAAGCCACGUCCUCAUCCCUGUCCCCAGUUUUCUCUGUCACUUUGCAAGAUUGCACGGAACUGUUUUGCUGGAGUUGAGGUUUGUUUGUUUGUUUGUUUGUUUUUUCUCCUCUGUUGCUCUCCUGCAUUCACAAGGCGUCUGCUGCUCAGGGAUGCCACAUGCCAGGAUCACAGUUUGUGCACAGAGGCCCUUGCAUAGAGAAAAUGACUGAAUAAUCUCCUCUGGAGAUGUCAAAUCCGUAGCCUCUCGCUUUGGAGUGUCCCUCUCUCGUUGGAGUCUUUCGUUUUAUGGAAGCAGCUGCGGGGAUGAGGUGAACUUCUGCUGAGAUUUUUUUUUUCUAAGCAGUUUGGUGAAGAGCCUGUUUGCUUCGCUGCAAAAUGAAAAAGAGGAGACUAAUUCCCCUUUCAAGGGCAAAGGGCGGUUGAGGAGGAUGGUGGCUGAAGGAGCAGGCUGCAACUGAAUUUGGGUUUUCAGGGAUGAAGCUUGGGUUUUGUUUUUUUUUUUUCUUUCUUUUCAGUAUGUUGCAUGCUGUGGGGUUUUUUUGGCUGGUAUCAGCAUUACUACACUAAGGGGCUGUUUGCUGUCUGGGUACUUGCCAGGUGAUAAGUAUGUUACAGCAGGACCAAAAAAUUUCAACAGUGUUACAGGAAUCACUUUGUGACCUCUAGGUCAAAACUCCCUUCCAACACAGCUGGGCUGGGGCAGCGAGGUGAAACGGCACAUGCCAAGGACAGGGCUCAGCUCCCUGGACACCCCACGUGCGGACCUUUGAUCUAUUUUAUGCUUUGAACCUCGCUGCGGUGCCAGCGAUGAGCAGCACGAUCUCUGGGAAAAGAUUGACCAGACACACUCACUAGUCCUGCAGACUUUGAGUUCGCAUUUCCCUCCGGGCACGCUGGCUCCGUUAUCUCACGAGGCUUCAUAGUCCAAGGCAGGAAGAUGAGCCAGCUGCUUUCUUACUGCUCAACUGAUGCAAAGUUAGUUUAAACUUACCUGUUGUCUCUAGAUUGGACCUUAGGGCCUGUGCCAGCGUGCGCUGUUAUCAGGGAUUUCUGAGGCUUGGUUUAUGGUUAAUCUCUUAAUCACACGUGUGUAAAGCCUAAAGUUUCAGCCUGGGAAACAUGAGAGGGAGAUGGAGCUGGGGAAGGGAGGCUGCAGCCCCACAGAAGGACACAACUCGGGUUGUGUGUCAUAACCUGGGCAGAAAGCGUAGAAAGUUGUUAGUUAGUUGAAGGUUAGUUGCUUAGAAGGUUGUGUAAGCCAGGAUAACCUCUGAUUUAUUUUUUUUUUUUUAAUAAUGGAAAAGAAUCUUCAGCUGUCCAGGUUAGACUGAUGCUGCUUGGAGCGGAAGGGAAGGGAGUCACUUUGUCGGCCAUUUAGCCAUUGCGGGGCUGGUAUGAGGUUGGCAUGUGAAGCAGUUCCUACCCUGUUACUUACUGAUUAAGGAGGUGGUGGUGUUACUAAUGAGGGCGACUGUCAAACUGAUGAUGCAAGACCCUGCACUCUGCCAGGUCACACGUGUAUGUUUCAGAAUUAAGUGAGCAUUUGAUUAUGCAACCCCAACAGCAAGAACUGCUCUCCUCUGACCACUCCAUGGCAACGUUAAGUUUGAUUUUAAAGGCAUAAAUAAAAAUAGUGCU